CGGUGUUGUACAUAUCCGUGAGGUCCGCGCAUAGCCUGUGCACAUUCUGUGACUCGUGCCCGCGGACGGCCGCGGCACGAGCCCGGUCCAAAAACAUGUUUACGGGUUAUCCACCCACCAUGGAGGGCCCGAGCGAGCGGCGGCCCGACGGAGAGGCUCAACGUUAGCUCUCGCAUGUGGCAGCGUUAUGUCAAAUUGAACCGAAAUGGGCGAAGACGCCUGUGUUUCACGACGCUAGCAGCUAAAGUAGAGGUGGGCAGGAUGGGCGAGCAGGCCGUCAGCAGCCCCGUGGCUACGAUCUCUCCAGUGCAGCAGAUGCUGGCCUCUGGCACUGGAGCCCUCCUCACAUCUAUAUUUGUCACACCGCUGGACGUUGUGAAGAUCAGGCUGCAGGCUCAGCAAACACCCUUCCACCAAGCUUUAGCCUGUGAAUCUGCUCCGUGGGGCGGCGUCAUCCGCCCUUCCAAGUGGAAGUGUUUCCUGUAUUGUAAUGGACUGAUGGAUCACAUCUACGUUUGUCAGAAUGGAACCAGUUGCACCAGCUGGUACAAAACACCAACACAUUUCAGCGGGACUCUUGAUGCCUUUGUGAAAAUCAGUCGACACGAAGGACUCCGGUCUUUGUGGAGUGGGCUCCCGCCAACGCUGGUUAUGGCGGUACCUGCCACUGUCAUCUACUUCACCUGCUACGACCAGCUGCGAGACUUCCUGAGAUACGGUCUGGGUUUUCAGGGCAGCCAUGUCCCUCUUGUUGCCGGUGGUCUGGCCAGAUUGGGGGCUGUGACGGUGAUCAGCCCUCUGGAGCUGAUCAGGACUAAGAUGCAGUCCCGUCGCCUGCCCUACAGCGAGCUGCGAGUGUGUAUCCGCUCUGCCGUGGCCCAGGACGGCCUGCUGUCUCUGUGGCGGGGCUGGGCGCCCACCGUUCUCAGAGACGUUCCCUUCUCUGCUUUGUACUGGUUUAACUACGAACUGGUGAAGGCCCAGUUAUGUGAACAGUCCCGAGUGCCUCAGGCCAACUUCUCCAUCACCUUUACUGCAGGAGCUGUCUCUGGAGCCAUUGCUGCAAUCCUGACCCUGCCUUUUGACGUGGUGAAGACUCGGAGACAGAUCCAACUGGGAGAGAUGGACACUCUGGGAGUUUCCUUAAAGAGAACCACAUCCACAUGGCAAAUAAUGAAGGAAAUAUGGGCCGAGUUGGGCUACAGGGGCCUAUUUGCAGGUUUCAUGCCCCGGGUGAUCAAAGUGGCCCCGGCCUGUGCUGUUAUGAUAAGCACCUACGAGUUUGGCAAGGCCUUCUUCCAGAAGAUGAACCUCGAUCGAGAGCGACUGGUGUCCUAAAAGGCUGUUUUGUGUGGCGCUGGGUGUUUCUCGGUGGCAGAAGCACACGUAAGCGGACGUAAUUAUCAGGACGUUUGGGAGAAAGUCUCCUCAGACUUUGACCCAGAUGUCGUUUCCAGCUCGAGGAACUGGCGGGUUGGGAUUUGGAUUUCUAUGAACGCUAAAGAUGAGGAUCCGUGCAGAUUUCAGGGAUGUCACUCCCUGCAAAUCUGCUCUCUUGAAAUGUUAACUGACUGAUAAGACUUGAGACACAACGACAAUAAUGAGCUUUAACAACAUGCCUGGAUACUGAGAGAUACUCUGGGACCACAGACUUUGCGUGUUGAUGAUUUGAGUUACCUUUUUUUUGCAUUGUGCGGGAAAGUUGUGCAAGGUUUGAUGCUUAAUGGGAAAAAUUCAGGCCCUCCCUAAAGACUUCAACUGCAUCAGUACUUUUAGCAUGAGAGUGAGGAAAAUAUUCUCAUACCUGUGUUUUGCGUUGCCUGACGAACUGCAUGGUGUUUACAACCCCCAUUCAUUGCAGAAGCUAGAUAAUAAGCUGGCCCACCCUGCAUUGGCAUUACUGCAUUACCCAACAUCCCUGCAGCAGUAAAGCCUGACUUUUUCAUCUACUGAGUAGAUGAAUGUCAUGCAUGCUGGUUAGACUGGUUAGACUUGACCAUUUGUGGCACUUUCCAUUCGCGACACAAGAGCUGUGAAAUGUAAUCGUAAAAAAUAACUACACGUAGGUUUUUAUGUUUGUUGAAUGUACUCCUGGACUGGAGGAAAGCCAUAGACACACAAGGCCUAAUGGCAAGAUUAAAGCAAGUCAUCUCGGGAGAUCUGUUUUUUAUUGGUGCAUGGAUUUAGUAUCUUAUGCUCUAAAUAUAUUUCAAGAAGUAAUGAUGCGCGGAGACUUGAAAAAUCAAAAUCUUGUUGUCAUAACUUUUCAACAUAUGUGAAAGCCACUGCUGCCAGCUCCCCAGAAAUCAAGACUUUUUUAGGUCACGGUUAAAGCAAAACACAAGAGGCUUUCCAAAACCUCCACCUGCUGGUGUUCUGGUAAUGAAAUACUCGGUUAUGUCUAUAUCAGACAUAACCUCACAACGUGGUAUGACACUGGGACAUAAAACAAAAAUAUUGCUGCCUCAACCUAAAAGGUGUAAACGUGUGUCCAUUGUUUUGUUUAUUUGUUUUUAAUGAAUGAAAUGGUAAUACAUGUUAAGACGGCUUGAUUUUUAUGCUAUGUGUAAUUUAUUUUUGAAUUGACCAUUAUUCAAAAGAACAAAAUAUGUACAAUAGUCACGAUCGAGAAGGGGUAUUUCAUAUAGGGCAUGAACAAUAGCAUAAAAAUUAAGAAAAUACGCUACAAAACAAAGAAAUUGUAGGUUUUCUUAUGUAAAUUUGAAGACAGUUUUCAGUUUCAUGGGACAAUAAAGGUGUAUUCUAUUUUAAAUUGAUUAAAACUGUAGAACUGAAA